CCCGCCCCUUCGGCCUUCGUCGAGCGGCGCCGGGAUGGGGGAGGGGGCGGUGGCGCGGGGGAGGGGGCCGAGCGAAGGCGCCAGAGCAAGAUGGCGGCGCGAGUGCUGCGGUCCCUGGGAGCGGCCGCGCCCCCCCGCCUGCGGCCAGCCCUCAGGGGCCUGGCAUCUUCUAGCAACAGACCACGGGAAGACAGUUGGUUAAAAUCUUUAUUUGUCCGGAAAGUUGACCCAAGGAAAGAUGCUCAUUCCAAUCUCCUAGCCAAAAAGGAAACAAGCAGUCUGUACAAAAUCCAGUUUCACAAUGUUAAGCCAGAAUGCCUGGAAGCUUAUAACAAAAUCUGUCAAGAGGUGCUGCCAAAGAUUCAUGAAGAAAAGCACUACCCGUGUACCUUGGUGGGGACUUGGAAUACGUGGUACGGGGAGCAAGAUCAGGCUGUCCACCUCUGGAGGUAUGAGGGAGGCUAUCCAGCCCUCAAUGAGGUCAUGAAUAAACUCAGAGAAAAUAAGGAAUUUGUGGCGUUCCGCAAGGAAAGAGGCAACAUGCUACUUUCUCGAAAGAACCAGCUGCUCUUAGAGUUCAGUUUCUGGAAUGAACCGGUCCCCAGACCAGGGCCUAAUAUAUAUGAACUCAGGUCUUACCAACUCAGACCAGGAACGAUGAUUGAAUGGGGCAACUAUUGGGCUCGUGCAAUUCGGUUUAGGCAGGACAAUGAGGAAGCCGUUGGAGGGUUUUUCUCUCAGAUCGGGCAGUUGUAUAUGGUCCAUCAUCUUUGGGCUUACAAAGAUCUGCAGUCCAGGGAAGACACCCGGAACGCAGCAUGGCAUAAACACGGCUGGGAAGAAUUGGUAUAUUAUACAGUGCCCCUCAUUCAGGAAAUGGAGUCAAGAAUCAUGAUACCCCUGAAGAUUUCACCCCUCAAGUAAAGCUGGACUCGGUUGUUCUGUGCCUACCUAGAUUUAAGUGACAAGUCCUUGUCUUCAAUUAAUUUUAUGGUAUACAUUGUAUAUCAUGGUGAGAAAGAACCCCUGACUAACAUGGGAAACUGCUGUAUGUAGCUUAUCAGAGACCUCUUUUCUUUAGACUCAACGUUCAUAUCAAAGUUAAUUACCAAAAAGAAAAUUGGCUCCUAGCAGUGCUCGGUGGUCUUUAGCGAAACUUCACUGUUUCGGUCUGAUCUACCUACCCAAGCCCGGCCCGCGGGGCAAAGAGGAGCCAGACUCCAAUUCGAAUCACCUCCUGGCAGGAAUCCAAUCAUGAAUCCGAUGUGCUAAUAUUGAUUUAGGAUAAGCCGACCUAGCGAGGAGCGACCGGCUCCCACGAAUGUCCUUCCUGUUUCAGGAAGAGCUCCGGACUCUGGUCUUUCCCUCCUCAUUCUAGUACGGUUACGCCAGCAGUUUUUCUGAUUAUUGAACUAGGAACAAACCAUGAACGUGUGUACCCGGCACCGGAAAAUGUCCUGACCUGUUCUGUAAGCAGUCGUGAGUCCCAGGAGGCGGUGGCCCAGCCCGGCCCAUCGCGGCUGCUGUGGGCACCCGACCUGUCGCGGUAAAGUGUCACAGCAACGUCUCUGGGAGAAAAGACUCACUGCAUCGAACCUGUUCUUGGGACUGCAUGAUCUCUAGUUUUGAAAAAACACCUUCAAGAGCACUGAUUUUUUUUAAAAAAUAUUUUUCUAUGAUGAAACACGGCGGCACUAAGAAAAGAGGUUUUAUUUUAUAAGCAAUCACGAGUGACCUCAGACGCGUUUUCUGAGUCAAUAUUUUAAUAAACAUACAGCAGAUAUUUCUGAGGCCGUGUGAAGAUGGUGCAUGUGGAGAUGUUCAUUCAGAUUGGCAUACAGCAGCGUGUCUGUCCAGUUCUGUCCGACUCAUUCUGGAUGUCGUGUUCCCAUUUGUUCGUGUCUGUAAUCACGUGGCAGUCCUCUCGAAGCGAGCAUUCUGUCUGACCCAAAGUUUAGAAAUUGCGUGAAAUACAGUGUAUACAAAUCUCCUCCCCGGUGUCUAACUCGUACGUGUCAGUGCUUUUCUGCACAAAGCCUAUCAAGUCAAUAAAAUCCUUUUAAUUUUCA